AUGUCUUCGCCAAUCCAGCUAUCCGCCCCCAAUCGCAUUACUGCUUCCAACCUCCCUCUUCGAGAGACCAACUCCUCGAAGCCGCACUCGGAACCCGCAGUAGAAGUUCGCGUUGAUAAACUCGAAGUGGAACCUAUUAUGGGAGGCGGGUUAAGAAGGGCUAGAGUGGCAUCUAGCACGAAACUGCCAACUAGCAAUGACGGACACCUAUCGAACCGUACCAACGAAUGGGUCCGUCUCAUCGCCAUGGUCGUGGCUUCGGAACCCAACCGUGUGUCGACCGUGGAAUCGGGUCACGGGGACCAGCCAAAGACGGUAGUCUUAAAUGACGAAUGGCUUCAGUAG